AGGUCAGACAGCGGCGCUCCAGGUCAACUCCGUGUUUCACCCAAACACUUUUCUUUGGACAUUAAAGGAUUUUAACGGAUUCCAGCAAUGCGUGGAGAUGAAACGGAUACGGAGUCCGUUAAAUCAGCCGAUGGUUCGAUUCGGAGUAAUUUCGAAGCGCUUUGCCAGGAGCUCAAUAUGGACGAAGAGACGGCAGCAGAAGCGCUUCAGAACUUCAGGUCCAUCUGGAACACCUACACGCUGGAGGGUGAUGUCAUUCACUGGCUGGCCUGCUCUCUGUAUGCUGCCUGUAGGAAGAGCUCCAUCCCCACUGUGGGACGGGGUGUGAUGGAAGGAAACGGCGUUUCCCUUACAAGGAUCCUGCGUUCGGCAAAGCUCAGUUUGAUCCAGUUCUUCAGCAAGAUGAAGAAAUGGUCAGACAUGUCGAACCUCUCUCAGGAUUUCCGCAGCCGCAUAGGUCGCCUGGAGCGCAAUUUUGAAGUGUCAACAGUGAUUUUUCGUAAAUUUGAGCCAAUAUUUCUGGACAUGUUUCAGAAUCCUCAGGGCGAACCUCCCAGGAUGCCUAGAAGCCGCAAACACCGGCGUCUUCCAUGUCACAUCAGUGAUGUCUUCAAGUUUUGUUGGACUCUCUUUGUGUAUACAAAAGGUAAUUUCCGUAUGAUUGGAGAUGAUCUGGUCAACUCCUACCACCUCCUGCUCUGCUGUCUGGACCUUGUGUUUUGCAACGCCCUCAUGUGUUCCAACAAAAAAGAUCUCAUCAAUCAAUAUUUCAGAGGACUGCCAAAGGACACAGAAAACUUGGAGGAAAUGCCCUGCGUCAUGGACAAGUUGUGUGAGCUACAUGAUGGGUUGGUGGUGGAGGCCAAAGGCAUAAAGGAGCACUACUUCAAACCCUACAUAAAGACACUGUUUGAGAAAAGAAUAUUAAAAGGUGAUGCUGAGAGUCUGACUGAGUUACUGGAUACCCCGAAUUUCCAAGACAACAAUAAAGCCAUAAAUCGUGAGUAUGAGGAAUAUGUAUUGACUGUGGGUGAUUUCGAUGAGCGAGUGUUUUUGGGGGCUGACGCAGAUGAGGAGAUUGGCACACCUCGCAAGGCCACCGCUGAGCCUCCAUCAGGUCAACUGUCCGCCCGCAUGCAGGUGGAGAACAACCUUCAACAGCACUUUGAGAAGACACGCUCUCUUGCUCCCUCUACGCCUCUAACGGGUCGACGAUAUCUGAAGGAGAAAGAGGUGCUGGUCACCCCCGUUUCUUCAGCUACCCAAAGUGUGAGUCGACUGCAGAGCAUGGUGUCCGGCCUCCGAAAUGCUCCAAGUGAUGCUCUGGUCCAAAUUUUUAAUUCCUGCUCUCGAAAUCCCACUGAGUCCGUUCUGAACCGAGUGAAGACUAUGGGAGAGAGGUUUAAACAGGCCUACACCAAACCCACAGAUGACCUGCCAGGAGCACAUAUGGAUUUCGCAGAGAAUCGUCUGAAGCUGGCGGAGAUCUUGUACUUUAAGAUCCUGGAGAAUAUCAUGACUCAAGAGAUGAAGAGAUUACAAGGGAAAGACAUGGCGGUCCUGUUGGAGCAGGAGGUGCUCCAUUGCUCCCUGUUGGCAUGUUGUCUGGAGGUGGUGCUGUUUGCAUACAGCUCUCAAAGAACCUUCCCUUGGAUACUGGAAGUUUUUCAGAUUCCGCCUUUCUACUUUUACAAGGUGAUUGAGGUGUUCAUCCGCUCUGAGGAGGGUUUGUCCCGAGACAUGGUGAAGCAUUUGAACAGUAUAGAGGAGCAGGUGCUGGAAAGCAAAGCCUGGACAAGAGACUCGGCCCUGUGGACAGCACUCAACAACGCUAACAAUAAAGUCCCCACUGUAGAAGAGGUGAAUUUUCCCAGUAAUUUUGACACGGGCAACAAUGCAGGUGGUCCCACUCACCUCCCUUUGGUGGCGCUAUCCCCCAUCAUCCACCCUCGCAUCAGGGAGGUCCGCACAGGCCUGGGCUCCAGUGCACGCAAAGACAUCCCUCAGUCUCCCAUCUCUCUCCAUGACCGCUACAGCUCACCUGCAGCUGGCAGUGCCAAGAGACGCUUGUUUGGUGACGACCCUCCACCACAGUCCCCAAUUAAAAGAAUCUCAGUCACUCCCAUCAAAAUCAUUCCCAGCAUCUCGGAUAACAACCAGAACACUACCACCACAACGACUGUCCUCUCAAUGGCAACCGGAAACGGCCAGCAGCUAACUAUUCCACUGCCAGUGGUAAAGAACGAUACAGGCGGCAUCACAGUCAUCCAGCUUCAAGCCAAUGACAUGAACCCCCUUACCGCUCAAGUCUUACUGACCGCCUCCCCCAGCCGAGCUGCAGCACCACCCGCCAGCUCCGACACACAGCCGCUGGCCGUCAACAAACCCCGCCGCACAGGAUCCCUCGCCCUAUUCUUCAGGAAGGUGUAUCAUUUAGCUAGUGUGCGUCUGCGAGACCUGUGUUUGAAGCUGGAUAUCUCAUCAGAGCUGCGAGGGAAGAUUUGGACGUGUUUUGAGCACUCGCUACUGCACUGCACUGACCUGAUGAAAGACAGACACCUGGACCAGCUGCUGCUCUGUGCAGUCUACAUUAUAUCAAAGAUCACAAAAGAAGAGCACACUUUUCAGGACAUUAUGAAAUGCUACAGAACCCAACCUCAGGCCAACAGUCAUGUGUACCGCAGUGUUUUACUGAAGAGGCGUCCCAGAGAGCAGCAGACAGAUGAGAACAUGGAAGUGGAUCCGCCAGCAGACCAAUCCAAUGAGAGGACAGAACAGACUGACAGAACAGAGGCUGACAGCGAAUCAGAGGAAAGAGGAGACCUCAUUCAAUUCUACAACUCUGUUUAUGUGCUAAAGAUGAAAUCAUUCGCUCUCAAAUAUGCACAUUCCACGCUUGAUAACAAGAUGGAAGCUCCUCCGUUAUCUCCAUUCCCGUCGGUUCGGGCUCAGCCUCUCUCUCCUCGCCGUGUAUCUCAGAGACAUUCCAUCUUUGUCUCUCCUCAUAAAAACGGCUCAAGUCUCACUCCCAGUACUGCAUACACGUACAAGUUUACUGGCAGCCCAUCAAAGGAGCUGAGUGACAUAAACCAGAUGAUCCGUCAGGGUGGGGUGAGCAAGAAGCGGGCGUUCACCAUGGAAGGCGACGAGACCGAGUCUCCAUCUAAAUGCCUGCGGCAAGAGAGCGACGACGUGCUGCUCAAACGCCUGCAGGAUGUGGUGAGCGAGAGAGCGAGUCUGUGAGCUGUGAGGAUGCCCAGUCUCCUUACAGACCCAAUAUGAAGCCAAAAACUCUUCUCAUGUGCUGCUCAACAACUCCAGAAUGUAGAGAGAGAUGCGACAACAAUCAGUCUCUUAUCUGUUUAAAAUCAAGCACAUCAAUUAUGUCACAGAACAAUAGCAAAGCCAAAAACAUCACGUUACCAUGACCUUUUUUUCUUUAUUUACACCAGGAUUUCAGAAUAUCAGGGAGAUCGGUAUAAACUUAAUCGAUUUAUACCAAAUCAAAGAAUCACGUAUCAUGUUUUUUUCAUGAUGCUCAUCAUGCUUUGAUUAUGAAUUGUUACUUGCGUUAUUACAGUAUUCUGUAGCUGUUGUUUUCUCAAUCAAGUGUCAUGUGACCAUUUUUGUAGUAGAAUCUCCCAAUUUUUUAUUUUAUUUGAAUCAAGUUAUUUAAUGUACUGGGCAAAUGUAAUCUUUUAAAUAGUUUUGUUUUUAUUUUUUUUGUGUGUUUUUGGUUUUCGAUUACCAGCGGUCAUAUCAAAGUUUUGCAACCAUCCUGCAAAUCCUCUGUGGAGCUUUAUGUUCAGAUGUGUGGUAUCUACACCUCUCAAUUAUGUAAUAUUUCUUUUCUGAGGUUCAUUUAUUUUCUCAGAACACUGUUUUCUGGUCAUGUUUACAGUGCAUUUAACAUUUUAGAUGUUAAAUAUGGUGGAUUUUUUUCAUCGCUUUGUUUAUGUGGUGUACAAUAGCUUGUUUAACACUGUUUGUGUAACAGUGAUGCAAAAGUAUUAAUUGGUUCCACUCAUGCUAUUUUAGUAACAUUUAUUGGUCACAUGCUCAGUGGGGUGGAAAUGUGUUUUCUUCAAAUCAAGUGAUCUGUAUUUCUCAGUUUUGUCGGUUAAUUUGGGAUUGAAAUUUUAUUCCUGUACAAAUGUUGUUUAUUUUAUCCAUUAUGUUCAUUUGCAUUCAUCUAAUGCAAUUUCUGAUAUCUUUGCAGUUGGUGCUUUGUAUUAUAGCUCUGGAAUAUUCUCCUGUAAUAUUUCUUGUAUGUUUGUUUAUAAAAACUCCAUAUUUCAGCUUAGAAAUAGUUCUCUCCAUUGUAAGUUUUUCCAGUGACUGUAAUUUAGCUUUAUUCUAAAUGUUGGUUUGACCAGUCAGCUGUUGGUCUGUUCUACAGUCAGUGCCUUAGCUUGUACAUAACAAUAAAACAUUUUAUCAAUUC